UCAUGCCCGCCCCUGAGUCUGGAGCAGCAAGCGGCGGAGCUACACUACUGGCUCUCCUCGCCUCCUCUCAGUGCGGGAAUACAGCAGCGGAGAGCGGCAUGGACACGGAAGGGAGCCCGAGCAGCCUGUCGUCCGUCAUGGACAACUCCCCCCACGACCCCUGCAAAAUGUUCAUCGGGGGUCUGAGUUGGCAGACGACGCAAGAGGGCUUGAAAGACUACUUCUGCAAAUUCGGAGAAGUGAAGGAGUGUAUGGUGAUGCGCGAUCCUGUCACCAGAAGGUCGAGGGGGUUUGGGUUCGUCACAUACGCAGACCAGGCCGGCGUGGAAAAGGUGCUGGCCCAAAACAGACACGAGCUGGAUUCCAAAACAAUCGACCCAAAAGUGGCUUUUCCUCGCCGUGCUCAGCCGAAGUUGGUCACGCGGACAAAGAAGAUCUUUGUCGGAGGACUGUCGGUCAACACCACCGUUGAAGACGUCAAGCAAUACUUUGACCAAUUUGGAAAGGUCGACGAUGCCAUGCUUAUGUUCGACAAAACAACCAACAGACACAGAGGUUUUGGUUUUGUCACCUUUGAAAACGAAGAUGUGGUCGAGAAAGUGUGUGAGAUUCAUUUCCAUGAGAUCAACAAUAAAAUGGUAGAGUGUAAGAAAGCGCAGCCAAAGGAGGUGAUGACGCCAACAAGUUCAGCCAGAGGUCGAUCCAGAGUGAUGCCCUAUGGGAUGGACGCCUUCAUGCUGGGCAUUGGCAUGCUUGGCUACCCAAGUUUCCAGACCACCACCUACACCAGCCGUAGUUAUUCUGGAAUUGCGCCUGGUUACGCCUACCAGUUCCCAGAAUUCCAUUUAGAGAGGACCCCCUUCCUGACAUCUUCCCAUCCCCCUGAGCUGACAGCUAUUCCCUUGACCGCAUACGGACCAAUGGCAGCGGCGGCAGCGGCAGUCGUUAGAGGUGUGUGUUCUGUUUUUAAACCCGUUGAUGAGUGUUUAAGAUUGAUCUAUCUCCCCUGCUGGCUAGGCGCCACCCCUUCUCGCACAGCUGGAUUUCUGAGUACCAGCAGCCCUGGACCAAUGGCUGACUUGUACGCUGCAGCAAAUCAGGACUCAGGAGUAAGCAGCUACAUCAGUGCGGCUAGCCCCGCCCCCAGCACAGGGUUCGGCCACAGUCUCGGGGGUCCUCUGAUUGCUACUGCGUUCACUAACGGCUACCACUGAGACGACUCAAGUCAUCGAUGAUUUGGGCGCUUCUCUUCUGCUGAUGAGCCAAUCAAACGCUGAGUGCCCUUUGGCGGCACAACCUGAUUGGCUGGCCGCAGCUCCGCCUGGCUGUCCUGUGGCUAAACCCACCGACUGAAUAUCUUUUUAAAAACUUUUUUUUUUUUUUUUCGCUGUACUAAUCUCACAUGAACAUAAUAUCCCAGUGUGUCCUCAUCUGGAUCUUCAUUUGCCUCCCACCAAUAUUCUUUUGAAACUGAGAAAACUGCAACAAAAAAAAAGGCUCCGGUGAAACCUUUGUCAUUUGACAAAGCCGGAGAGGACUAUUUUUUUCUAAUUUUUAUUGUAUCUCACCGUGUUAUGUUGCUUCAUGAAAUCCUCGACAGCUGUUUCUGAUAAAACACCACCCGGGCACGCUUUUCCUCAAAAAUCCUUUUUAACAUAAAAAGAACAAAUCAACGACGAGUCGUUUUUCUAAGCAUCAAGGAAAUACGGAAAAAAAUGUAUAUUUUGAUAGUCUUUAAAAAAAAAAAAACCUUUGUAAUAUUAUUAUUGACAUAAUAUGAUAAUCUGUGAGGUAUUUUAUUCUGUUAUUGGUUUUAAAGCAAUGUUUUUAUGUCUUCCUGUAAAAUAUUGUACAUAGACUUUUGGAUGGAAGGGGAAGGGGAAGGGCGGGCGAGGGACUACUGAACCAGCCGGCAUGUCAUUGGUUGGUUCGCAGAGGGUCACUUCAGUUUCACUGGAAAUCAUCAAUUAUGAAAUAUGUGCUCAUCUCACUACUUAUUACAAAAGACUCUUAUGUACGUUAUUGGCCAUUCAUCCGCAGCAUCGACGUGGCGUGUGGCACUGUCGAUGAUGAGACAAAUACUUUUUCAAAAUCAUCACAUUUGAAAUACUUUUCUGGUAGCAGCGGCUAUGUUAAGCCCCCCCCCCCCCCUUUUUUUUUUUUAUGCCCUAAUGGUGGAGAAAGCGAUUUCUUGCAUCUGCAUGAAAACUACUUAAUGGACUAAGCUGGUGGAGUUAUUUUAAACCUAAAUCGGAAAAAUCAGGGCUUUGUUGGGUUGGGUUGACUUGACUUUUUUUUUCACCAUUUACUUCUUAAUUUUUUUUUCUUUUUUCCCUUUUUAUGUGUUUACACGGCGAGGCACCGUGAAAAUGAAUGAAGAAUAUAGAGAGAAACAAAAUGUGGGAAAUAUCUCAAUAAUAUUCUGUUCUGUUCUCUUCUCACUAUUGAAGGUCCACGUGAAUGCGUGGAAGUGAGCGUGAUUGAGAAUUAGAUCAAAUAUGAUAUGGAAUUACUUUUGGCAACCGAUGGAGCUUUCCACUUGCCUGUAUUUGGUACUGAUCUGAUCUCCCUGUUCCAUUUUGUUGCACUGGUCUCCGCUGCUUCCCUCACAUCUCUUAUUUUGUAUUCAUGGCUUUGUGCUUCUCCACAUAAUUGUUGAUUACAUACAGUUGCUGCUCCAUGUAAUCUUGGGUGGAGGGGGUUUGGGCAGGGAACGUGAAAUGUAACAGGGUCUGGUCCCAGUCGGUUCUGAUAAAGGGUCUCGUUGGAGACAAACGCUGGCUGGAAGGCAAAGUCACACGCUGGAACAAAUUCAACGUGCAAAAAAACAAAAGCAAACUUAAAAAAAAAACCAAGUGACCUGUUUGUUCAGCCUUGUUUCAUGUUGAGCAUAGCAAGACAC